AUGCGAUUGCGGAUACUGGGCCUUCUUAUAGGCCUUCUGGGCUUUGUCUCAGCACUUUCAGCGCAAGGGAACAAGCUGCUGGUCAUCCUCGAGGAAGAAUCCGAGAAGGCCAAGUACUCGCAGUUCUGGAGUGACUUGCAGGACCGAGGCUUCCAAAUAACAUACCGCUCGCCGAAAGACACCGGGCUAUCGCUCUUCCUCCACGGCGUCCCAGCAUACUCCCAUCUUCUCAUCCUCCCACCACGAUCCAAAGGUCUAGGACCUCAAUUGACGCCCAACCUCCUCGUCGACUUUGUCAACCAGGGUUCCAACAUCCUCCUCGCCCUCUCCUCCGAACACUCCGUCCCGAGCGCCAUCAACAGCCUCCUACUCGAACUCGACAUCAACCUCUCAGCCGACAGAAACAGCAUUGUGGUCGACCACUUCAACUACGACACCAAGAGCGCGGAUGAGAAGCACGAUGUAUUGCUCCUCCCAAGCACAAAGUUCAGCAAAGCAGAGACGAAGAAUCUCUUCUCCGUCGACAACCUGAUCGCCCUCCCGCACGCCGUAGGCCAGGUGCUGGGCAAUGCCUCCCCUCUACUGGCAUCCGUGCUCAAUGCGCCCAGCACAGCCUACACAUACAACCCGAAAGAAGAAGGUGAAGCCCUCGAAGACGUCUUCGCAACCGGCUCCCAAAUCAGCCUCGUCUCCACCUUCCAAGCCCGCAACAGUGCCCGCUUCACCGUCCUAGGCAGCGCAGAAGCCAUGGAAGACAAAUGGUUCGACGCCUCCGUCCAAGUACCCGGCGCGAACACGAAGAGCGAGAAGACGGGCAACAAAGACUUCAUCAGCAGACUCUCCGCCUGGACGUUCAAAGAGCUAGGCGUGUUGCGAGUAGGCGAGAUCAGCCACUACCUCAACGAAGGCGAGCAGAAGCACGCCGCCAACCGCACGGAUGUCGGGCAUCUGGACCUGAACCCAAGCAUCUACCGCUUCAAGAACGACGUCCACUACUCGAUUGAAGUCUCCGAAUGGUCGAACAACGCCUGGAUCCCCUUCACCACACCCCCAGGCGACGACCUCCAGCUCGAAUUCAGCAUGCUCUCGCCCUUCCACCGCUUGAAUCUCAAGCCCUCUAGCAAGAACGAAGCGAGCACGACGUUCACGGCGGACUUCAAGCUACCGGAUCAACACGGCAUCUUCAACUUCUUCGUCGAGUACCGACGGCCUUUCUACACCAACGUGGAGGAGAAGCGAACGGUUACGGUGCGGCAUUUCGCGCACGACGAGUGGCCCAGGUCAUUCGUGAUCUCAGGGGCUUAUCCGUGGAUUAGCGGGAUUUGGGUGACGGUAGUUGGGUGGUUGGGGUUUGUGGCGCUGUGGUUGUAUAGUGCGCCGAGCCAGCCGAAGAGGGAUUUGAAGGCUGGAGGUGGGAAGCGGUGA